UCUAUGAGACGAAUUGAGGGGUCAAAACAAUGAUAUCAAGACGAUAAGAUAAAAAUUGAACUUUAUUACCUGAUUUUCCGUGUUGAAUUACGUGUCGUCUUUUCUUCAUAGUCAACUAAAAAACAAGAAAAAUGAGUGAAAUUGAUGGAAAUACAAUUUUAGCCCAAAGUCUCAAAGAACAGGGAAUUGAAUAUGUUUUCGGUAUCAUUGGAUAUCCCGUGAUCGAACUUUCGAUGGCAAUGCAAGCUGCUGGUUUAAAGUACAUUGGAAUGAGAAAUGAACAAUCAGCUUGUUAUGCGGCUCAAGCAAUUGGAUAUCUUACAGGAACGCCGGGUGUUUGUUUAGUUGUUUCGGGACCCGGAUUGUUGCACGUUUGCGGAGGAAUGGGAAAUGCUCAAGCGAAUUGUUGGCCCUUGAUUGUCAUUGGAGGAUCAACAUCACAAGAUCACGAAGGAAUUGGAGGUUUUCAAGAAUGCCCUCAAGUUGAAAUUAGUCGACCUUAUUGUAAAUACGCUGCAAGACCUCCAGGUCCUACGCUUAUUCCGUUACACGUUGAAAAAGCUGUUCGUUUAGCUAAAUACGGGCGCCCCGGCGCUUGUUAUCUCGACUUUCCGGGCACACUUUUAGCCGGAAAGGCAUUAGAAACGUCAAUUCCCAAACAAUAUACUCAUCCAAAAGCGCCCGUUAUUUUUCCUGAUCCAAAACACGUUGAAGAUACGGUAAAUUUGUUGUUGAAGGCGAAAAAUCCGCUUGUUAUUGUGGGAAAAGGAGCUGCUUAUGCACACGCUGAAACAACAAUUCGUCAAUUAAUUCAUCAGACAAAUCUUCCUUUUCUCGCAACUCCAAUGGGAAAAGGCGUUGUCCCCGACGAAGAUCCUCAAUGUGUUGCUUCUGCACGUACCUUGGCGUUACAAAAAGCUGAUGUCAUUUUGUUGCUCGGAGCUCGUUUGAAUUGGAUUCUUCAUUUUGGGCGCCCUCCGCGAUUUAAUCCCGACGUGAAAGUCAUUCAAGCUGACAUUCAUCCCGAAGAACUUCACAAUAGCAUUUUGUGUGCUGUUGGCGUACAAACUGACUUAAAUCCAUUCGUGCAACAAUUGAUCGAAAAAUUGUCAAAACACAGAUACCGCUUCCAAAGCAACGAGCCAUGGUAUAAAGAACUUCUCGAAAAAUGCGAUAAAAAUAAAAAAGCUGUUGCUGCAAUGAGCAAAGACAUUCGGACUCCGUUGAAUUAUUACGCUGUCUUUCAUCAUUUGCAAAAUGUGAUUCCAAAAGAUGCAAUUAUUGUUUCAGAAGGCGCAAAUACGAUGGAUAUUGGAAGAACAAUGUUACACAAUAAACUUCCUCGACAUCGUUUGGAUGCAGGAACAUUUGGAACAAUGGGCGUAGGACCUGGAUUUGCCAUUGCUUCAGCUCUCUUCUGUCGAGACUACAUGCCCGGCAAAAAGGUAAUUUGUGUCGAAGGCGAUUCAGCUUUUGGAUUUUCUGGCAUGGAAAUUGAAACAAUGGUUCGUUAUCAACUACCAAUCGUCAUUGUUGUUGUAAAUAAUGGAGGAAUUUACGGCGGAUUUGAUCAAGAAACGUACAAAGAUAUCCGCUCAAUGGGCGAUUUGACGCAAGUUACUCCUCCAAGUGCCUUAACCGUUGAAACGCAUUACGAAAACAUGAUGAAAAUGUUUGGGCUUGAAGGGUUUUUCGUGCGAGAGAUUCCCGAAUUGGAAAAAUCUGUCAAAGAAGCGUUAACAUACACAGACAAACCAACAAUCAUCAAUGUGAUUAUCAAUCCAUCUGCUGACAGGAAACCACAAGCCUUUAGUUGGUUAACAGAGUCAAAAUUAUAAAUACAUCAUGCGAUAAGAGGCGUUUUUAGUAACGGAAACAUUCCAGGUUGUGGGAAAAGAUGCAAUAAAAAACAUAUUUUUUUACUCGGGUGCUCGAAACCAUUUUAUUUUCAAUCAA